UGUUGAAACUGGUACUGAGGAAAAUCCAGAAAUAGCAUAAGCAGCUGGUAUUAUGGGUAUACCAUGUGUUCAAUUUUUCAAAAACAAGGAAAAUUUGAGGUUGUUUUUCUUCUAUACUCCUGGUGCUGGUUCAACUGUCAAAUCUGGUUCAAAGGGAAAGCACCAUCAUUUGAUACUGACUAAAACCCUUGAGUGGACCUUAAAUUGGUGCAUACUACAGAGCAUGUUUGAUAGGUCCUCAAGGGUCAUAUUGCACUUGGGAAUGCUCAAUUUCCUAAUGGAACCAACGGUAAUGCCCUAGACAUUCUUGCUUGAGUUCCACUAUAGAAAAAUGGUCUUGAUUAUCGGCAUGGUACAAGCCAUGGGAUUGGGUCUUACCUUAAUGUUCAUGAAGG